AUGGAAAUUUCAACUAAUAAUAUAAAUAAUUUGGUGAAAUGCCUCCAAGCCACAUUAAGUCCUGAUCCAAGUGAACGCAAACAAGCUGAAAACUUCUUACUUUCAAUUGAAUGUAAUAAAAAUUAUCCAUUAUUAUUACUUCACAUUAUCAGUGCACCGAAUGAUGUGAAUGUGGAUUUGGUCAAGCAAAUUGGAUCAGUUACUUUUAAGAACUAUAUAAAACGAAAUUGGCUUAUCGAUGAAGACACAUUGCAAAGCAAAAUUCAUCAAGAAGAUCGCUUAUUAAUAAAAGAACAGAUUGUGACUGUUAUGUUGAAUGCUCCAGAUGCUGUUCAGAAGCAGUUAAGUGAUGCUAUUUCACUUAUAGGAAAAUAUGAUUUCCCAGAUAAUUGGCCAAAUUUAUUGACAACAAUUAUUGAAAACUUUGCUGCAUUUGCUAAUGCACCAACCAGUGAUCUAGCACCUAUCAAUGGAGCAUUAGAGACAGCGCAUUCAUUGUUUAGAAAAUAUAGAUUUGAGCUUAAAUCUCAGAAGCUUUGGACAGAAAUAAAAUUUGUGUUAGACACCUUAGCUAAACCUCUUACUGAAUUAUUUGUUCUUACUAUGAAUUUAUGUGAAGUGUCAAAGGAUCCUAAAGUUUUUAAUGUAAUACUUGUACUGACUAAAAUAUUUUAUUCGUUAAAUUAUCAGGAUCUUCCAGAAUUUUUUGAGGAUAAUAUGCAAAUUUGGAUUAGUAAUUUCCAAAAAUUGCUAGAAUUAGAAAUUAAAGAAUUAGAAACUCAGAGCGAUGACGAAACUGGUAUACUGCAUCAAAUUCAAUCACAAAUUUGUGAAAACAUAUCGUUAUAUGCACAAAAAUAUGAAGAAGAGUUUUCAUCUUAUAUGCGAUCAUUAGUUACAGUUAUUUGGACAUUAUUGAUUAAAACUGGAUCACAACCAAAAUAUGACACACUUGUUAUAAAUGCCUUGCAAUUUUUGUCAACAACUGUUAUCAAGCCUCAGUAUCGCGAUCUCUUUGAUGAUCCAUCAGUUUUCUCAGCUAUUUGUGAAAAAGUUGCUAUUCCUAAUAUGCAAUUUAAAGCAUCAGAUGAGGAAUUAUUUGAGGACAAUCCAGAAGAAUAUAUUCGAAGAGACAUUGAAGGAUCUGAUGUGGAUACUAGAAGAAGAGCUGCGUGUGAUUUAGUUAAAGCACUUUCAAAGGAGUUUGAACAAGUUACUAUGUCUUCAUUUGGUUUAUAUGUGAAAUCCAUGUUGGAGCAAUAUGCAGUUAAUGAACAAAAUUGGCGUAGUAAAGAUGCUGCAAUGUUUUUGGUAACAACACUUGCAUCAAGAGGAAGUACUCAACGUCAUGGUACAACUAAAAUUAGUGAACUUGUUAAUAUAGAAGAGUUUACUACUUUGCAUGUAUUACCUGAACUAACAAAACCAAAUAUUAAUGGUAUGCCUGUUAUGAAAGCUGAUGCAAUUAAAUAUAUAGUGACGUUCCGUAGUGUAUUACCUCCUCAUCUUAUUGUUAGCACAUUACCUGCACUUACAAAGCUUUUAGAAGCUGAGAGUGUAGUUGUUAGAAUUUAUGCUGCAGCUGCAAUUGAUAAAAUUUUACUUUUGAAACAACCUGACACUAAAACUCCAGUGAUUGAUGCAGCCACAUUAACUCCUUUUGCAGAACAACUAAUAAAAUCUCUCUUUGGAAUUUUAACAAAACCCGGUUCGGAAGAAAAUAGCCACACAAUGAAAGCUAUAAUGAGAACAUUUUUCACACUGAAACAACAAAUAAUUCCUCUUUUGGCUGAACUUUUACCUGUCCUGACUGACAAACUUACUAUUGUUGCUCGUAAUCCUAGUCAACCAGAAUUCAAUCAUUUUCUCUUUGAAACCAUUUCAUUUUGUGUAAAACUAGUAUGCACUGUAACACCCGAAGGAGUUGGUUCAUUUGAAGGAGUAUUGUUUCCUAUAUUUCAAAUAAUAUUGCAGCAAGACAUUUUGGAAUUUAUGCCAUAUACAUUCCAAUUGUUGGCUCAGUUACUUGAAUUCCACAGUCCCGGCAAUGUGGGUGACACUUAUACUAUAUUAUAUCCAUUUUUAUUGACACCAGUGCUGUGGGAGAAAACCAGUAAUAUUCAUCCAUUAGUUAGGCUCUUAAGAUCAUAUGUGCGUAAAACUUCCCCAGAAAAUUUUGAGAAAUCUUUAAACCUGAAUGGACUUUUAGGUGUGUUCCAAAAACUUAUUGCAUCAAAAUCACAGGAUCAAGAAGGAUUCAGAUUACUGAAAACAAUAAUAGAGCAUUGUCCUAUGGAAGUAUUACAAUCGCAGAUGAAAAAUAUAUUUGUUCUUUUGUUUCAACGACUAACUUCAUCUAAAACUACCAAAUUUAUACGAGAACUUAUUGUGUUUAUAUUCUUCUGUGUCAUAAAAUAUGGAGCAUCAUUUAUGGUGGAUCUCAUAGAUUCAAUUCAAAAUGGUAUGUUUGGUAUGCUGUUGGAGAAAAUCAUGUUACCUGAUGUUCAAAAAGUAACUGGAAAUAUUAAUAAAAAAAUCACUGCAGUUGGCAUCAUAAAGGUACUUACAGACACUCAAAAGCUAAUUGAUGGACCUUACGCACAAUUUUGGGCUCUACUCCUUCAAUCUGUUGUUUGCUUGUUUGAACUUCCAGAAGAUGAAACUGUCUAUUCUGAAGACAGAUUAUUACAAGAUGACAAUGAUAAUUCAUAUGAAGCUGGCUACUCACAACUUGCUUUUGCAAGCGAAACUGAAUAUGAUCCAUUAGAAGGAGUGGAAGCAAAAAUGUUCCUAGGUCAAUCAUUAACCAAACUCAUGAACCAAUUACCUGGACGAGUUUCUAUACUAAUGAGUCAAGGAAUUACUGAAGAGCGGCGUGCACAAAUUCAAAACUAUCUAAUUAGUCUCAAUGUGCAAAUUAUGUGA